CUGUGUGAUUUUGAGAUUCGUGUGCUGGGCAAUGUGCAUAGGCAUACAGUGCAAUGCGUUUUGGUCAUAAAUAUGUUCACUGAGAAAAUAUUUGUAUUUUUGUGGUUAUGGUUAUUGUUGCUAUCGUUUGGUACAGCCAUAAAUCUAGUCGUAUGGUUUCUAUCGCUGGCGUUCUCGUCGUGGCGCCAUUCGUUUGUGACGAAGUUCUUAGAGUGUGAAUCCGAUCAAACGCAUCGUUUCGUACACCAUUUCUUACGACCCGAUGGUGUUUUGCUACUUCACGUCAGUUUUUUCCGCACUUCCAAAAGAAUUUGGUCGCUUUUCAGCCAACUUCCCCAAUUGCUGUCUGCAUUUCACUAA